AUGCACCGCAUUAACUCGUGGGCGAAAGCUCACGCCUCUUCUCGCGCGCCGCAAGCUCAAAACCCUGUGUCGAAUCUUCCCCCGAGCCAGAGCCCUGAAUUCAACAUCGCCCGAAUCCCAUCUUCCCACGAUGUACAAGUGACUGCGCCAGAGCAGGGCCCUGUAUCUACAGGGCCCGAGGAGGAAAAACCCAUCCAGAAACCGGACAUGUUCACGCGAAUGCGGAAUGGUUCCUUUCGAUUCUACAAUCACACCAAGGACGCCCUCUUUCAUAGUUGGGUCAAUGUCCUCCUGAUCUUUGUCCCCGUGGGCAUCGCGGUCAAGGCUGCGGACUUACCUGCGGCCGUCAUCUUCGCCAUGAACGCUGUCGCGAUCAUCCCGCUGGCGGGAAUUCUAAGCCAUGCUACCGAGAGCGUGGCCAGCCGCCUCGGUGACACAAUGGGCGCCCUGAUCAAUGUCUCGUUCGGUAAUGCGGUCGAGCUGAUCAUCUUUAUUAUUGCACUCGUCAAGAAUGAGAUCCGCAUUGUCCAAGCGUCCUUGCUAGGGUCAAUACUGGCGAAUCUGCUGUUGAUUCUGGGCAUGGCGUUUUUGCUGGGUGGACUGCGUUUCCAGGAGCAAAUCUACAACAGCACUGUGACCCAGAUGAGUGCUUGUCUUCUCAGUCUGAGCGUGACCAGCCUUUUACUGCCCACGGCUUUCCACGCUUCCUUCUCUGAUAGCGAUGAUGCGGACAGGUUCACCUUGAAGGUCAGCCGUGGAACAAGCGUGGUGCUGCUGCUUGUAUACAUCCUGUAUAUCAUCUUUCAGCUGAAGUCUCACGCCUACCUUUACGCAAGUAUCCCCCAGAAUAUCAUUGACGAGGAGUCGCAUCCUGGCGUCUUGGCCGAUUUCAUGAAUGGCUCUUCCUCGGAUUCUUCCAGCAGCUCUAGCAACGAAUCCGUCGACACUACCACGUCCUGGUCUACUGCCAAGCGCAUCAAGAGGGCCAUGAAGCACCGCAAGCGUCGCAAGUCUAGCACCAGUUCCAAGGGCACAAUUUCUCGCCAGUCUGUUCAGAAAAAGGUUAUGAUCAACGAGAACCAGGCCUCUGUCGGCAACUCGAUCAACAGCCACGAUGCCGCCUCCUGUGCAAUAGACGUGACGGACGAGAUUCGUUAUGAUGCCGACGACGAUGCCCACCCACGUUCCCGUGACUUUGGCGUUACCCCUAGCCGCACUGGCAGCCAUCGUAGCAGCGACAAGGAAAAGUCUAAGAAGCACAAGAAGCACCGAUCUCGGAAAGCUGAGAAGGCCCGUUUUGAGCUUCCUCCCAACCAAGGCAACCAAUUGCAGGUCCCGGAUGGUUUCCACCCAUCGAUGAAGGGAUUCUCCUCUGCACCCAACUUUGCGGGUAUGGAGGGAGCCGGAGAGGGAGAAGUUCAAAGACGGAGAUCUCCAUUUGGUCCUAUUCCGUCUCUGUUAUCCAACACCGUCUUCAGCUCGCAGUCCCCUAGUCACUCUCCUCAUGUGGGCGCUUCACGUCCUGCCAUUGCCCGCAGCAACUCCCUUCCCGCCCAUAUUCGCUCUCCUCCUGUUGGGAAUGCAGUUCAGUUCGCACGUGGUGCUGCCCGUGUACCUGAUUCCAACGACCCUGUCCCGGCCGAUGCCAUAGCCGAUAAGCCGGAGCCAGAGAUGUCGCGUACCGCUGCGGUGGUGAUGCUUCUUAUGUCUACGGGAUUAGUUGCUGUUUGUGCUGAGUUCCUAGUUGACGCCAUCCCAGACAUGCUGGCCAGCUCUUCGGUUAGCGAAGCAUUCAUCGGAUUGAUUAUCCUGCCGAUUGUGGGUAAUGCAGCCGAGCACGUUACUGGUGUGAGCGUUGCUAUGAAGAACAAGAUGGACCUGUCCAUCGGUGUGUCUGUUGGCAGCAGUAUUCAAAUCGCUAUUUUCGUUACUCCGCUGGUGGUCAUUCUGGGUUGGUGCAUGGACAAAGACAUGUCCCUGUAUUUCACCCUGUUUGAGACCAUCUGCCUAUUUGUCACAGCAUUUGUGGUGAAUUUCCUCGUUCUGGAUGGUCGGAGUAAUUACCUGGAAGGCGCGCUCCUGAUCGCCGCCUACAUUAUUAUUGCUUUGGCUGCCUUCUACUACCCGCCUAGCAGUAAUGCCAGCACUCUUGCUGGGUCGUAA